AAAGAGAGUGCGGGGGUGAGAGAUAGAGAGGGAGAGAGAGAACGAGAAAAUGUGUGGAGGAGCCAAAGUCCGUGGUCUAUUCUGGUGUUGUAUUUUCCCGUUGAAGAUCGUUUUCGACUCUCUGAAAAUUUUCCUCAGAACCAAACGCCUUUUCUUCUUUAUCUUCUUCUUCGUGUCUGUCCCUCUCUCCUUCCUUAUAUUCUCUGUUUUUCUCUCUACCUGCCACCUUCGCUACAAAAUCUACCAUCUCGAAGCCGUCGCCCUCCUUGCCCCGACCCGAUUUGAAGCCCGGCACGUAUGGACGGAGUCCCGCGAAGAUGCAAUCUACCUCCUCCGAAUCAAAGCCCUCUUCUCCGUCCCCUGCUUUCUCCUCUCCCUGGUCACCGCCGUAGCCUCUGUGCACGCCACCGUCCUCUCUUACAAUGGCAAGGUUCCCACUCUACAAUCCGCCACCGCGGCCGUCAAACAAAAUUGGAAGCGUCCGUCGGUCACCACGAUCUUUAUCUACGCAAUCCUGCUCGCGUUCGCUCUUCUUCAACGGAUUUUGGCCGCGCUAACACCCUGGCCGCAGCUGAGAUUUAUACUUCUGGCGAUCGGAUCGGGUGUAGAGGUAUACCUGAUGGCGGUGCUUAGCUUAGGCCUGGUGGUGUCGAUCGCGGAGGAGAGAUUCGGUUGGGAGGCGAUCAAGGUUGGGUCGGGUUUGAUGGCGGGGAGGAGGUUCUGUGGAUGGGUGCUAUCGGGCUUGCUCUUGUUGGUGUCGGGUUUGAUCCGGGGGAAGAUGGAGGAGUUGGUGGAGGGUCCGAUUUCGUCGUCGGAGUUUCUAUCUUCGAUGGGCGCUGCGGGUAAAAUGGGAAUAAUGUGUGUAUACGGUGCGGCGGUGGUGUGGAGCUACUUGGUGACGACGGUGUUCUACUUCGAGUGCAAGAGAAGGCAUGGGAUUCGAGAACUUGAACACGAAGAAGACGAUGAAACGGGAAUUUCGAUGCUGUAAUUUUUCUUCUCCGAUUCUUUUCCCGUUUGUGUUGUAGGAUUAAUUUUGUUUUCAUCAGAUUUAGAUCCAAUCUUGUAUCAUUCAACCAAAGAAGCAUAGCUAAUUGUAUACAUUUGGAUUUGAUUGGAUGAGCUGUGUUUCGUCUUUGUAAUCUUUUUACAAGCUUAAAUCCAUUGCAUGUCUUCUGUAACUCCAGUUAA